AGUAUGAAUAAGUCCACCGUUGAAGACAGCCGCUGAUGAUAAAUGAGCUCAAGAUCUUUGAAACAGAUUUCGUCACAAGUAUCAGAGGUGAAAUCGACGACAGUGAGCAAACUGCUCGAUAGCCGAUUCUAAGCUGAUGGAUGAUGGCGGUGUGUGUAGCAGACGACAACUCGCCGGCUGUUCCUUUCUCAACUCCUCCACCCAAAAUGCUCGUUAAUUGAUAAUGGCUGGAAAUAAUGAGGGGGCUGCGAAAAAGAGCACGCCAAGGGUGGCAACAUGGGGACCUCUUCUACUUCGCCCAAUACCCAAGGAUAACUACGCAGUGUAUAUGAUGAACGCCAUUGCUAAUCACGAAGGCAGCAAACCAUCUGUGAUAGAUGCCGAAAGCGGCGAGUUUAGAACCUACUCAUACCUACGCGAGAAUGUCCCUCGCGUCGCGGGAGGACUGAGAUCUUCCGGAGUCUGUCCAGGGGAUGUCGUGGUGUUCUUGAGUCCAAACCACAUCGACUACCAGUUGCUGCUGCUCUCAGUGAUGUACUGUGGUGCCAGCUUUGCCCCAGUCAACCCUGACUUGACGAGCGGAGAGCUGUCCCACAUGAUACAGAAGAGCUGUGCUCGGUGGGCCAUAUGCCACCCGUCGAAGCUGGACAACUUCCAGAAAGCAGUCGGUCUCUUGCCUGGAAACACUAUACGAAAGACGUGGAUUCUGGAACAACGAUCAGAGAACUCCAUAUACAACCUCAUGGACUCUCCCCCAGCUAACCCCGUGACCAUCGAGAAUGGAUUAGAUUUCAAGAAGUCUGUGGCAUUGAUCCUUUUCUCCUCUGGAACCACAGGAUUCCCGAAAGGAGUUCUGCUGUCACACGAAAACCUCCUGCUGAGUCACGCCAUCAAUAGGUAUCUACAAGCGCUAAUGACACCAGAAGAGGCAGCACGUGGAAAACAGAUAAACGAAAGACCUUUGUUAAUGAUGCCGAUGUGUCAUCUAUUUGGUUUUGUGAUCAGUAUGGGUGUGCUUGCGCCAGGAUGCACAGUUAUCCUUCUAAAGAGAUUUACACCAAACACUUUCUUCCAAGCAAUUGAAAAACAUAAGGUCACUAUCUGCCAUCUAGUCCCCCACUUGGUCAACUUCUUAUCAAAGACGCCACUGUAUGAUCAAUAUGACACUUCCUCAGUCUUAGGCUUCACCAGCGCCACGGCUCCACUAGGAAAAGAAACUGCUAAUGCAUUCAUAAAAAGGACUGGACGAAUCUUGGGCAGUGGAUAUGGUCUCACUGAAACAGGCGGCAUUACAGGAAAUGGAGGAGCCUUAGGGUUCAAAGCUGGAUCUGUAGGACGAAUUAUGCCCUAUGUUAGGAUCAAGGUGCUAAACGUUACCACUGGUGAGAUGCUGGGUGACAACGAGGAGGGAGAGAUCUGCAUCAACUCCCCUGGAAACAUGGUUGGGUAUGCUAAUGACCUGAAGGCUACAAAGGGAAUGAUAGAUGAUGAGGGAUGGGUCCACACAGGUGACAUUGGUUACUUUGAUAAAGAUAACUUCCUAUACAUCACAGACAGGAUGAAGGAUCUAAUCAAAGUUAAAGGAUUCCAGGUAUCCCCAUCAGAGCUGGAACUUGUUCUUCUUGGUCAUGAUGGUGUAAGUGAAGUGGCCGUAAUUGGGGUACCUCAUGACAGAACAGGAGAGGCUCCUAGGGCAUAUGUGGUGCCUGCUCCUGGGGCUCACCUGGAUGCUAAACAGCUUCAAGAAUAUGUCAGAGACCGUGUUGUUCCAUAUAAACAGAUGACUGGAGGGAUCGUCUUUGUGGAUUCUCUGCCAAGAAAUCUGACGGGAAAACUUCUUCGUAAAAAACUCAAGGAGGAAUUUACAAAAACUAAAUCAAAGCUUUGAAAAGCUAAGGGUUACUACAUGAAUUUACAGAUGUACAUCAGACUGGUGUCAUUAACAAAAAUAUUUUGAAUACAAUGCUGAUUAAACUUUUUUGUUACUGAACUA